AUGCUGUGCCACAAUCUCAGCAUCGACAGUAUUAUGUGGUGCGAAAAGGACGGGCAAAUCACUGGUGUAGUCUGCGACUGGGACCCUGCGGAGGAUCAUCACAAUGGCUACCGUCUAUCUAUACGACCUCCAGACGAGGUGGCCGCUGCGGGGCCGCCAGUUAGCGUGGAUACAAGCAAAGGGACAGGUCAUUCGUGGCGACAGCUCAUGAGCAAGAUCAAGACUCGGUUCAACUUGAAUGUCAAACAGGAAGUCACGGCUUCAUCGUCGCAGCGCGCACCAAAACCGAGGUAUCGCACCGGUGCGGAACCCUUCAUGGCGAUGGACCUUCUGCGUUCCGACCCCCCUCCCGUUUACAAAUAUCGCCACGACCUGGAGUCGUUCUUCUACAUAUACGCGUACGCCGCCGCUGCGUACGAUCCGGUGAAGAAGAAGUUCGGGUACAUCGCGCAAUGGCAACACAGCUCGCUCGUCGCUAUUGCGGACAGCAAGCGCAAGUUCCUUACAAAUGGAACGGAAAUCACGGCCGUCUUCUCCAAGGCGCACGAAGACUUCAAACCAUUGCUCGAGCCGGGUGCUCUCCUGAUGCAACUUCUGCACACUUUCAGGGCUCUUGAGUGUCACAUGGACACCAUUGAGGACAUUAUGACCAGCAUCGUGUUACUCGGCCAAACGGAUGAUGUUACGGCGGAGGUCGAGAAAAUCGAGAGGAUGAGGGAUCAGGUGGUCACGUACAGUACAUUUAUGAGGAUUCUAGGGGCACAAGAGGACGUGUAG